AUGGACUAUAAAGAAAGACUUACUCAAUUUGAAGAUAUUUUAAAUACAAAAAAUAUAGAUACUGAGCCUACAAUAGACCUUUACAAGUUUCGACAUUUAUGUUUUCGCGGCAUUCCUGAUAAACCGGGUAUUAGACAAUUAAGCUGGAAGAUUUUGUUAGGAUACUUGCCACCUGAUAAAAGAAAAUGGCAAAGUGUGCUUGAAGAACAAAGGUCAACUUAUUAUAGUUUUGUUAGGGAUUUGCUGGCAGAUCCAAGCGAAGAAGAAUUGAAAAAUCCAGAUGUAUCAUCGGAUGAUCAUCCAUUAAAUUCUUCACCAAAUUCAAAAUGGGCAGAAUAUUUUGCUGACAAUUCCAUACUAGAACAAAUAGAUAAGGAUGUUAGACGUACAUUACCAGAUCUUGCAUUUUUUCAAUUACCAGUACCACAUAGUCCUCUUAGCCCUCUAAGUCCAAAACUUGAAGCAAUAAAUCGAAUGAAUGGGGCUCGAUCACCUUCUUUACUUGAAACACUAGAUAUUAAUGAUGAUUCGACUAGUAUAAGUAAUUAUAGUGAUUCUACAUUGACCAUUCAUUCAGAAUUAGAUGCUGAAGUUGCUGCAUUAGAGGCUCAAUUAUCAAUAAUAUCUCAACCAUCAUCACAAUUCACAAGCGGAAACCUUUAUAAAGGUUUUUCUAGUAUGUGUAGUCCAAAACCUAUACCCUUGGAUUUAUACAGUAAUAGACCAUCAUCACCUCCACCACAACCUGCCGUUACACCUAUACCAACUCGUAGAUCUAUAUUUAAACGUGUGCAACAUUUGAAUAAAGAUUUUGGUGUGAGAGGAAAUAGUGCAAAUACAAGACCUUGUUCUCCUGCUUCAAGUUGUAAGUCCGAUGGAUCAAUUAUUCGUGAUGAUGAUUGUGAAGUUGAUUUACAUUGGGAAGCCAUUGAACGUAUAUUAUUUAUAUAUGCUAAAUUAAAUCCUGGUGUUGGUUAUGUACAAGGGAUGAAUGAAAUUUUGGGUCCUAUUUAUUACACCAUGGCAAAUGAUUCUGAUGAAGAAGGGAAAGCACAUGCUGAAGCGGAUUCAUUUUUUGUGUUUACAUUAUUGAUGUCUUUUAUUAGAGAUCAUUUUGUUAGAAGUUUAGAUACGGAUGAAGCAACCGGUAUUGGUCAUACUAUGAAAAAAUUAAAUAGAAGAUUAAAAACAUAUGCACCUGAUUUAUGGAGAGAUUUGGAAAGGAAAUCUUUAUAUCCAACAUACUAUUCAUUUCGUUGGAUAACAGUUAUGUUAACGCAAGAAUUUGCUUUACCUGAUGUUAUUAGAUUAUGGGAUAGUAUUUUAUCCGAUCGGGAUGAUGACUUUGAAUCAACGGGUGGUUUUGAAUUUUUGUUAGAUUUUUGUUGUGCCAUGUUAAUGUGUGUGAAGGAUGAAUUGCUUACAGGUUCAUUUUCUGAUAAUGUCAAACUAUUACAGAACUAUCCAAUUCAAGAUCCAGCAACGGUAUUGCGCAAAGCAUAUUCAUUAAGAGAAUUACGAUUAUUAGCAAAAUUAAAUGAUGAAGAAGAUGAUGAAUUAGAUGAAUAUUCCUUAACAAAUUUCAAAGGGGAAGAUUUUAAUUAUUAUUCAUCAUCAGGUAACGAAUAUUAUGAUAAUAAUGAUCCUUCCCCUGGAGACAGUAUACUCGAAACUAGCGGUUGCUUUCCUGUUGAGACCACUAAUACGAAAUUUUAUAAUAUACGACAACGUACAAGUAACAAUAACCAUCAUCUAUUACGUACUCAAGAAGUUAAAGUUAAAGGAUUGGCUAUGCUAAGAAAAGUACAAGGUGUCGUAUCUGGUCGUACUUCAUUAAAUAACUUUUCAACCUCACGUUCUUCAACCACAACAUAUUUAAGACCAAAUAUUACAAAGUCGAAUAUACUAUCAUUACAAUCGAAAACAACAAAUAACGGCUUAACGAGUGGACUAUCUUUACCUACUAAUUAUACCAAUAAUAAAGUUAAUAUUACUAAUGGAAUGAGUGGUUUCGCUAAUAGAUUAUCUAAUGUUUGGAAAAAAAAUAUUACUUAUACAACUUAA